AUGUUGCUAUGUUUACUGAGGGCUCUUGUUGGUUCUCUCCUACAAGAAAACCUACUCGUUAAAAAUAAUGGCAUUCCGCCUCCGUUGUUGUUGUUUCAUGCACUUGCACCCUCUGUUCUGAGGGGCAUUGGUCUAUCGGCAAAGAUUUGCUCUGGAGCCCGAAAUGUUCUCUUGCUAGGCCUUGCCUGGUUUUCAAUUAUAGUUCUCGUAGAUCACGUUUGUUCUACUUCCGUUGUCGAUGUAAACUUGUUAUACACGGUGUUGAAUAACAAAGUCGGUGAUGUGCAAUGGAUCAUUGGGGCCCCAAUGUUUGGGCUUGGGUUCAUUUACCGAGAAUGUUAUCUUGAGUAUGUUUUGGCAGUAUGGCCCUGCAUCGGGAUAUCAGCUUUGGCGGUUGAUGCAUGGAUGGGGCCUGGUGAUGGUGAGUAUCUCCACCCUUUUUCGCAGUCUUUUCCUCCAUCCUUUUGA